AAACCUUCAUGUCGACAGCCCAGCACCAACGAUAGACAAACCCACGCCGCUAGAUCUAUGCUAGCCUCGCAAACUUGAGUUAAAGAUAAGUAUCUCACCCCUCGCAGGGGCGGAUAGAGGGAGCCAAGCGAGCAUAUUUCCAACGAAUUAGACACUAUCGCUACUGGACAGAGCAAUGCAUGGGAAAGUCAGUCGCCUGAUAUCAGCUGUUAUUUGCGACAUUCGCUCCGUACCCUCUUCAUCGUCUUGCCUGCUCCCUACACAUCCUCAAGAAGUCCCCGGAAAUGUCGCUACCUGAGUAUCGGUCCAGUUCCGCAGCCGCCUCUCAGCUGGACAUAGACCAGUCCGCGCUUCCGGGAUACAGCCGCACGACUAUGACCGUUUGGGACGUCCCUCCGGCGGAACAAGAACAUCAGUAUCACUUGACGGACAAGAAGACCGGAGCGCAAUGGCUCACAAUGACAGUCAUGAGCCGAGCAAGUUCCGCCAGUGAACAGCCCACCUUCUAUCAAGGCGCCAAUAUUGCGGGGUCUUUGAAGCUUGAUUUGGAGAAAGAGGUUCUCGUGGAUGAGGUCACCCUUGCUCUAUACGGACGUCUCAGCAUCUUCUCGCACUCCACCUCCAACUUCUUCUACACCUCGAAGACGCUCUAUUCCGCAGCCGAGCAAAGCCCCAGCGGCUCCCCCGUGACCUCUCUCUUGAAACGCGGCAGGCUCCAAGGGCACUACGACUGGCCAUACUCCGUGCGACUCCCAAAGGGCGUCAGCAUCCUCUCUGCGAUCAACGACGGCCGGGCAGAGCGCACAAAUUAUCGCCUACCGCCCAGCUUCUCGGACAAGCGAUUGAAUGCCCAUGUGCAGUACACGCUCGUUGUCCGCGUCACUCGCGGCGGGUUCAAGGGGGGCAGCAAGCUCACCGUUCCGCUCAAUUACAUACCGCUUGCGCGGCCUAGCCCGCCUAGCAUCCUCAGACAGCUUGCAUACCAGGAGGACCAUCCGCUUGUAGGGCCCGACGGCGAUCCGGAUGGCUGGAAGGCUCCCGAGCCUGUUAAGAUUGAGGGUUUCUUAUUCAAGACCGUCCGCGUUCGAGCAACAUGUGACCUACGCAUCUCGAAGCCUCUCUCAUAUACCCGCGGCGGGCUUGUUCACUUGCUCUGCUCCAUACGCAGCGAUAACCAGCAGUUUCUCGACCUCGUCACACCUCAGUGCAUAAACCUGGCCCUUGUCCAGCGCAUCACCUUUGGCGAAGCCGCACAGAAGACACGCUUCUCCGAACGGCUCGAGGCGCAAGCGACUAUCAAAACAAUCGAGCGUGCCUCCGCGUCGUGGUGGCGAGUGCCCGCGGUGGACGAACCGGGGGUGAAAGCGUUUGCUGGUGAACUACGGGUUCCCGCAGAACUUGCUCCUGCUUGUCAAAUCUUACACUAUGGCCACGAGUACGAGCUGAUCUUCCGGGGCCUUGGCGCAGUAGGCUUUACCCUGGUCACAGAGUCGAAGAAGCCGCUGUUGGUGGAGCCUAUCACUAUCGUCACUGCGUUCGCCCAGGCGCCUCGCGCUCGGUCCUAUGUCCCGCCUGAGUACGCGACGAAAGCAGAAGGGCAUUGAUUCUCGCAGCCGGGCCUCAUGUAACAUAUCGC